UACCGACUUUGUUUCUCGCCUCCCAUUUUUUUUUUAUCCAAGGGAAUCUAUUUUCUCUUCCUGGACGAUUCACCAGAUCUGACUUAAUUUACAUGUUCAGAUUUUUUAAGUACAUGUACAUAUAUUUGUAAGGUAAGAGAGUCUAAUGUCAUUACUAUAGGACGUUAAAUUUGAAUUUAGUGAUGCAGUGUACAGAUAAUCGACGUUUUUUAUUUUUUAUUCAUUUUUUGAAAAAUAUCUAUACUUAAAAAAAUGUCAUCCUAUAAUUAAACAAACUAUUCACGAAUUGUUUAUAGGCAGACAAUACUUUUGAUUAUAGAUAUUUAAAACGCCCAGUGUUAUAAUCAGAACGGUUACUUUAUGUUUGUUUUAUCUUUCGGAAAUGUUUAACUGUAGUUCAGGUAUACUACAUGUAAUACUGAGUAUUUAGUUUCGAAUUUUAUACAAGUAAAAUGGCUAUAUGCUCUAAAUGUUUGCAGGCGGAUACCAGGCGAAUGAUGAUCUCUAGUUUUUCUGUACUGGUGGUAGUCUUCACACUGAUUUUCCAGAUUUUAGAGACAGGUGGGGUAGAACGAUUCGGAAGAAGCUGUGUGCGGUACAAGUCUUCAGAGAUACCGGAUAUAUCCUCCGUGUUGGGCAGAGACCGGUACUGUCAGAAACACGAGGAUUACCACUACUGCAAACUAUGGCAAUGUGCGAAAACCGGACCGGAAUGUACUCAAAAGCGACCGGGAAAUAAUUGUUUCUACUGUGAAGGGACAUGCAACAUAGGUGGAUACGUCGUCCAGUUAGGCGAUCGCGUUUCCCACCCAGACGGCGUGAACGUGUGCACAUGCGGUGCAUACAAUCACGUGAGCAACUGCACGGAUGUCCUCCCUCCUCUCAAUAAGAUCUGCAGCGGGGAACAAGUCCAACCCGUGCGUAAUGCAGGCCGGGGGGUGCUUCCACCCAGUCGUGCAGGUGCGCGGCAGGUAAACUUCCGGAGACCCAUAGUGCACGUGCAUGGUCCAGUGAUCCCCGUCCGAGUGGUUAAAGUCCCCGUGCUUCCUGUGGUUAAAAUCCCUCCACCGAAGGUCAUUAGCAUCAUCACUCCUAGAACCCUACUGGUCCCCGUGGUACCGAUCAGAAGACCAAUGGUAGUCUUCAGGAGGGGGGCAGGGAAAUAAUGAAUGAUGAGCCCGACCACCACUACCAGUUAAUGAGCUGUAUAAAAAUACAGUGAUGGAAAACUGCGCAGAAGUUAACUUACAAUCGACAUAUACCAUAGGAUUGUCAUCCGAAAAUGAAUGACUCUAUGUAGAACUAGUGAGUGAUGGAUUGUUUACAAAGCCUUCACUGGACAUGUAGUAAACAAUGUAUAAAGGUGUUAUAAUCAAUGUGUACAAUGUUAAACAAAUAAAUAUCGUGUUUUAUUGGAUGAUCAAUUAAACAAAUAUAUUUUAAAAAUAACAGCUAACAUUAAUGUAAAUCAAAAUAAAUUUUAUGGAAUAAUUGUAAAAUACAAAAAGUAAACAUAAUUAACUGAAAUGGACGGAACUUUAUAUCACCAAGCUAAAUAAAGUACUGUCAUAAAUAUAUUUCCUUUGUACUGUAAUAAAUAUAUUUCCUUAGUACUGUAAUAAAUAUAUUUCAUAACUUCAAUAAAAA